AUUCAGGAGAUGUCGUUUAAAGAUUUCAUUAUAUUUUACCCCUGUGACCUUAAUUAUGGGUGAAGGUAAUUAAUUUGACUACACUUUGUAACCCUUUGAUCCCAGCAUACCACUGGAUAAAUAGCAUCGCCCUGAUCAUUUUGGUUAAUCAGAAGAGGUCGUUUAAAAAUUUCAACAUAUGUGACCCAUGUGACCUUGAAUAUGGAUGGCCAUUUUUUUUUAAACAAUCUUGGUAGCGUUUCAUCUCACCCUAUGUCUUUUUGUUAUUAAGAAAUUAGUUAAGUAAAAUCUUGACGCCGGGCCACAGCAUUCGCUCACUAGGCUCUUUGGGCCAGGUGAGUUUAAAACAAACGAAAACAUAUGACCAUCUGUUCCAGCAUAGAAAUCGUCUUCUGAUGCAUCGACGACACCUCCCAUGUAAAUCAAAGUUUCGUUAUGAACACGUUUUUCUCCGAUUUUCUCCGAUUACCUUCCACGCUAUGCUAUUUAAAUGUUAAAUAAUAGAGUCCAUAUACGGCGUUUCUCUAAGUGGCAACUUCGUUAUCAAAAAAAAAAAUCCAUUGUAAUGCGGCUCGAUUGGAGGAUAUAUGGAUAGGGUUUAUUUACUUCAUGAAAUACCACCAAAACUGUGUGUCAUCGAGCUUUAAUCUUGACCGAAGCGAUUACCCUGGACCGAAAUGCAUAUUGAUAACAUGUCUUUUUGUUUAUUUUAGCCCAAACCAGAACUGCACUUUGGUAAUCGAAAGUGGUAUCUGUAGCGGCGACAGUGGAGUCGAAGUUGAAAUAUUACCAUUUUUUAUAAGUGCUGGCUCGUUGACGAUCUAUGAUGGACCUUCUUCGAAAUACCCGGUAAUACCGUUGCAGGGCAGCAGAUUUUAUCGCGUUCAUAAUUUGCCGUCCAAACGAUCAUCCGGGAGAUUCCUUACCCUAGUCUUACUGUUCAAAUAUGAUAAUUACCACAGGAUCUUCAGUCUGCGUUACCGUAAUACUCCAAUCGGCCGAUUUCCUUCAAACACUGACAACGCCAUUAUCGAAAACUCCGUAUCUGAUACUUGUGGGGAAGAAAUAUUAAUUGCGUACCAGGAAUCUAACUUCAUCACAUCUCCAGGAUACCCAAGAGAAUACGACAAGCUAUUGAAUUGUAAGUGGACGGUAAUAUCCGAUGACAAAUGCAACAAUAACGUCAUACAGAUCACUAUUCACACCAUGUCUUUAGGGGGCAGCGACGAUGAACUCAUAAUCUAUGACGGUGAUUCUGAGGUAGACCCUGUGUUAGCAACGUUAUCCGGACAGGAAGAACCGCAAGUCAUCACUACGUCCGGCACCACCGUUGUUCUCAUGUUUUGGACGAACGACACGGCACCAGGACAAGGAUUUAAUCUGUCCUACACAAGGAAGAGGGCAACUCCUUUACUGGCAGAGUCAGUCACUAUCAAUAUAACGAAACACACAGCAGUGAUGGCUGUUGAUUUUAUAUCUGGUACCCCACACCGCGCAGUGUAUUGGAGUAAGAAUGGUUUCAUCAUUCCUGAGGAUGACAAACACACUUUUACCGUGACCCCGGCGUCGGUCACAAUGGAACCUGAUAUUUCUUUGGACGGAUUCACAGCCACUCUAAGGAUAACUGAACCUGUUCCACCAGACUUUGGCCUUUACAAAGUGGCUGUCGUAAACAGGUUCGGUUUAAGCGAGCGUGUGAUCUUCCUCCGACGCGGAAAUUCAGUCCCCGUUAUAAAAAGCCAUACAGUGUUCCCCGACAAUGCUACAAUCAUGGUGACGUUUUCAUCACAUUCCAACUUUAAGAUUUCUUGGUACAAGAGACAGCGGUUAAUUAGUUACGGAAGUGAAGUAUCUAUAACAACAGCGCUAGUAGAAGACAAGUACAACGGUGAGGCAAACGAAGCUCUAUUCAAGUCCGUACUGGGUAGCACUAACCCCACAGAACUUGACUACGUGGAUUACAUGUGUAUCAUCAGAAACGAUAUCGGAACAACGGAGAUCUCCUUGUAUAUGGGUUAUCCUGAAAAAGAAUUACCCAAAUUGUUGGUUCCUUCGCCAACUGUGGAAAUAAGUGACCAAGAAAUCAUCUUGUCGGUGAACUUUGACUCCAAUAUUGCGUAUCCAUCGGCAACCUGGUUUAUUGGCGACGUUCAGAUUGAGAUUUCGGACAAAUACUCUAUGGAAUUAAAGUGGGAAGGGAUUUACUCCCCGUAUUGGACCACAAACGGAUAUCCAUCUCAUUUACGUUCGAAUGAUCAACGUAGUGUUAUCGACAUCUACACGUAUCCUCAUAUUGGUGGCAGUAGAUCGUCGACCCAGCCAAAUGCUCACUAUACCGCUGUGCUAACUAUAUCUAAGAUUACAUCCGAAGACUUCGGUUUCUACAGGGUUGUCCUAGAGAAUGAAGCCGGGAAAUCACAUCACGUUAUUGGGGUUCCUAUACCGGAAGUUUUCCUAUAUGUCACAUGUGAUCAGGCAGAUACGACUCGGCUCGUAUGCAACGUCACUUCAUGUUCUUCAAUUAUUCAUUCAUGGAUCCAUUCCGUUGAUGGAGAAGUCAUCAGGAACCUUCCCGGUGAUCAAGAUGGAACACUCAACACGCUUACAAUACCUUUGUGUAUGUACUUGGAUGCAGGCACCUACACGUGUAUUGCUACAGACGAAGAAAGUGGAAAUAACGUAAAACUAAGUCAUGACAGAACUACACUCGCCGUCAGAGCUGUUCCUGUAAUUCUGGAAUCCGCUGUCGCGAUCCAAAGUGACGGUAUACAUCUAGAAGUACCAUUCUUUUCCAAUCCUCCUCAUCGCUGGGUCACGUGGCAUCGAAAUGGUUACACGGUCGGUUCACCGUAUGGACAAUUAAUAGAAACGGGACCACGUAACGUGAUUCUACCGAUGUAUGGCAAGAUGUGUAGCAAGGCGGGGAACGUGACAUCGGUAUAUGUGCAUAAUCCAACAACUGGAGAUUUUGGGAAAUAUAAGGUUACAAUCGGAAACGAAAUGGGAAGUUCCGAACAUUUCAUUAAUGUUCAAAAUCCGUUGUAUGCAAACCCAGUGGCUUCCAGUGACGUCACUGUUUCCAUGAAUGGAUCUUCCGCCAUCCUUAUUGUGACCUUCUCUUCCUAUUUCCCUUACCGCAGCGUGAAAUGGUACUUCAGAGGUGAGGAAGUCCAGGAAAACCAUCCGGUCAACAAGUACGUGAUCAAGACUAGCCUGGCUGAUGACGUUAAUGACUCCAGUCCAAUGGUGCCGAAAGAGCACUCAGAAUCCACCGUCCUGACUAUAACGUCUGCAUCAGAAGAGGAUUAUGGGACGUAUGACGUCAUUGUUUCAAACGAUGGGGGACAGGCAGUGAUUCCAGUGAAGUUGACUGUUCAUGAAGAAGGUAUUCCUAAGGUUGUUGGCGAAAUGACUGCUGUUGUUUCCAAUUCGACGGGGGAAAUAUCUGCUACAUUUUAUUCCUCUUCAAGCUAUAGGCUCAUCAGGUGGCUGAAACAAGAUAACGAAAUAAGCAGUGAUUCGUCAAAAUACAUCAUUAUCAACGAGGAUAUUGACAUCGAGAUACUGUCCAAAGGAGAAACGGUGGCGAAAACUGGAACCAAAACGAGACUGAGAGUGACGUCACCUAACGACAAUGACUAUGGACUCUAUAGUGUACAGAUCUACAAUCACGCUGGCAUGACUGAGCGUUCAACGACACUAGAAAAAGAAUGUACGUAAUUUCUGAACGAAUUAAAAGUGGACGAUUCGAUCCUGCUUUUUCCGGACUCAUCUUCAAGGUUAUGAAAAGAAUGUUAUUACCCAUUAAUUUAACUUAAACAAGUUUCAUUGGAAAAUGUUCAUUUAUAACACCUUGUGUAAAACUUGAUUAAAAUUUCAAUGUUGGAUA